AUGACCAGGAGAGGUUAUGGGGUUCAGCAUGACUCAGAAACUUCUUCAAUGUCUCUUGCCUAUAUCGCAUCAUCUCUUGAACGAGCGAAGGAGAACCGGUCGUUUGCCUUCCAUGCUGGUAAUCACCUUCACAGGAAUGCCAGCAGUUAUCCUGCAGAGGAUUUCCAGGCUGGUCAAACAGAAUCAGUCAGGGCCAUGGGAAGAAAUCACACGUCUGUGACCUUGUUUAUUCUCCUGGGACUCACAGAUGAAAAAGAUCUGCAACUCAUCCUCUUUCCAAUUUUCCUUGUUGUCUACCUCGUGACUCUAGUUUGGAACCUGACUAUUAUCACCCUCAUCAGGAUGGACUCUCACCUGCACACACCCAUGUACUUUUUCCUUAGUUUUCUGUCAUUUACAGACAUCUGCUAUACAACUUCUGUCAGUCCAAGAAUGCUUUCAGACUUCUUCAGAGAUGAAAAAACAAUUUCCAUCACUGCUUGUGCCACCCAGUACUUUGUUGGAUGCUGGAUGUGUUUGUCUGAGUGUGGACUUUUGACUGCCAUGGCCUAUGACAGAUAUGUGGCUAUUGGGAGUCCUCUGCAUUACUCAGCCAUCAUGGCGCCUGCCCUCUGUCAGAAAAUGGUUGCUGCUGUUAUUGGAACUGGCUUCCUUGGUAGCUUAGUCCAAACUAUCCUUUGCUUUAAUCUUGACUAUUGUGGAUCAAAUGUCAUUCAACAUUUCUUCUGUGAUUUACCCCAGAUUAUUGUCUUGUCUUGCUCCAAUCCCUUUAUCACCCAAAUGAUUGUUUUUCUGGUAGCUACUUUUGUUGGCUUUGGUUCCUUAUUUCUUAUCAUUUUAUCUUAUGGUUUCAUUGCAUCUUUCAUCUUGAAAAUAUCUUCACUCAAAGGUAGUGCCAAGGCCUUUAAUACUUGUACCUCCCACCUGGCAGUUGUGACACUCUUCUUUGGCACAGCUCUCUCUGUGUACAUGCGUCCUAAUUCCAACCACUCCAAGAAACAAGACAAAAUCUUGUUAGUGCUCUAUGCUAUCAUCAUUCCCAUGUUAAACCCUCUGAUCUAUAGUCUCAGGAACAAAGAGAUAAAAGAUGCUUUCAAGAGGGCAGUGAAGAGAACAACACAAAUAACCCAGUCAGAAUAA